AUGGACGUAGAGCAAAAACAACAUGAGAAUGCAUAUUGCGUAUAUAAUGAAAACUUUGAUGAAACAACAGUAAGCUCCAACAGCAGCAGUGGCAGUGCCACAGAGAGCCAUACGGGCAGUAGCAGCGGAAGUAGCAACGGCAGUAGCAACAGAAGUAACAACAGAAGUAACAACGGAAGUAACAACAGCAUUAGUGACAACAGUGACAACAUCAGUGAAAGCAGUGAAAGCAGUAAUGGCGAUGCGGAGAGCAAAGACGAUAAUGGAGACAGGGAAGGUGAAGCAAUAGAAAAUUACAUGAUGUCAUAUGAGGAAAACGAAGACGCCCAAGGGAAAUAUACCAACCAAGAACUUUCAGAGAAAAACAUCAGUGCUAGCACAUCAAAUUUGAAUAACUCCUUCGACCCUAUACAGUUCCAAAAUGAGUACAACGGAAAUGGAAUGGUACCCAUGAAGUGGGGUUAUGAGAAGGGUGCAGAAUUGCCACAUGACAUUUUAUCCACCCCACCAGAUGGAGCGCAUAAUAACAUGCACCUGGAGGACUAUAAGGAACUGAAAGGGAAUGAAAAUUUAACAAAUUAUAAUAUGCCCAGUGAAAGAGAGCAAGAACGGAAGUACCUCUACACCACUAAUGAACCUGGGGAGUUAUUAAACAUGUAUAAUAUUCAGGGUAAAGAAAAUUUUAAGAUGAACCAGGAUGGUACGCAGCAAAUGGCAAACAUGUUCUCGUGUGAGGAGAAUCGUAACACAUAUGCCUCGACGAACAGUGCGAAUAGCAACGAGAGGAGCACUGUGGAGGGCAGCAUGGCCACACAGCCGGUUGAAAAUGUUCUAAUUGGACGAACGGCCCAGAGUUGUGAACAAGGUGUGUAUGAAAUGAGCGCAGGAAGCAGUGGAAAUAGGGGAUGUAGUGAAAACAGCGGAAGUAAUAGAAGUAUGACAGAGGGGCAAAAUGUAGAAUAUGCUACUAAUGAGAAUGUGCCCACCAGUUUAAGUAACAUGCAGAACGAGGUAAAUAAAGCAGACCCCGCAACGUAUAUGUAUGACAGACCCUUUAACGAAGAGACAUCGCCCAAAGUUGAAAAUAUGUGCUAUUACAACAUGAACGAUGUAAGUGGAAAUAAGCUGAAUGAUUACAUUUCAAAUAUGCAGGUCAUGAGGGACACCUUCACAAACAACCAUUUAAGUAACAUGGGUAGAAGUAGUUUUGAUAUGAGUACAGACGCUGGUCCGAUGAGUUACGAGACCGUAACAGGGAUGAGUGCGAUGAGCUGCAUGAGCGGCAGGAACAGCGUAGACAACAUGGCCAGCCCGAUCCGUAUGAACGAAUUUGACCAUGUGAAGAAUAUGGGAGAAUGUAGCGAAAUACAGAAAAUAAUGGAAGGCAAUAUCGUUAAGGAGAUAAAUAACUUUACGGAUAAGGGGAACUCGAACUACAUAAAUUUCAUGAAAACAGGCGCAGAGGAUAAUAAGUUGAAUAGUUUGAAUAGUGUGGACAUGGAUUACUACCAUAAGGGAGUUCUCUACGGUGCGGCUAGUGAAGAAUCUAUCCUUUUGAAAGGUCAGGCUGCAGGUACCAACCAGAAUGUAUUGUGCAAUGCCAAUGGGGUGAACAUGGGCAAUACGAUGAACGAAACACAUAGCGUGAAUAGUACAAGCAACUUGAGCAAUGUGAACGGGGUCGGUAGCAUGUGCACGGUUAAUGGGGGUAAUGGCCUUAGCGGGAUAAGCACCCUCAACACAGCGAACAGCCUAAGUACUAUGAGCAGCAUGAGCGCCUUAAGCAACAUGAGUGCUCUGAGCAGUAUGAGCGCGUUAAGCAGUAUGAGUGCCCUUAGCAAUAUGAGCGGAAUGAACAGUAUAAACGCUUUCAGCGGUAUAAACCGACAGAACGAUACAAUGCCGAUAAGCAACAUGAACAGUAUAAAUGAGGACGGCAUGAACCUCCACACCAAUCGGAUAGAAAACAAUGUGCAGAAAGAAGACCUAUACCUGAUGACGCAGGGCGAAGCAUCCAAAAAUACGACUGGCAUAAAUGAAGAAAUAGAGAACGCACCAAUUGUGUACAAUGAAAAUUUUACCCCUCAAGGAAUGGCAGAGAAGAAUUAUCCCUACCAAGGACAAACCUUUCAUGCGGCAGAAUUGAGUAAACAGUAUAGUCAGGUGGAUAGCGGAAAUGCCAUGAACAUUCAGGGCCAAGACAAAAAUGAAAGUGCAGGCAACGGCUUCAUUUAUCCAGUGCAUAACAAGGAAAGUAUAAAUAAUUCCAACACAAAUGUUUAUUUAGACAACCGCUAUAAUGCACCCGUGGGUGGAAACAACUUAAAUUAUGUAGCAAAUAAAAAUAUGGAAAAUGGUCAUUCCGCCAAUAAUCUCCUUUACCAAGCGUCCGAUUAUUAUCAUAAAAAUUUUCCGCAUAGUGAAGAUCCGAAAAAUGUAAGUGCCUACCGUUCCGCGGAAAAUUUAAACAUAAGUAAUAGUGUAGGACAAACUGAUAGGGGACCGAACUGUAACAUGAACAACAUCGAGCAAAACCUCGCUAGUAACGAGAAACGGAGUUAUAAAAGGGGCCCAAGAAAACGCAACACCCCAGUGGAAAAUAAUGCGCAACUGGCCAGCAGCAUACCCUGUGAUAACAGCAAUGCAGUAAAUGGAGAAAACAACCUUGGCACAAAAAACGUUAAUAUUGACGGUGGGAACAUCAAAUUGGCACAAAUGAACAUAAGUGAAGAAUUAAAUAAAUUUAAUCUGAGCAUGAAUUCAAAUUUUACCGACAUAAAAGAAAAAGACGAAUUGUACAAAACUGUUUUAUUUUUUGACAAAAAAAAUGAAAAAAUGAUUAAAGUGAAGGAUCCUUUAAAGCGAAAAAGAAGACUUAAAAAAAAUGCCAACGAGGAAAACGAGAAUCCAGAUCAAUGCCAACAUCAAGAGGGAAACACUGGCAAGUCAUUAGUAUCACACGAGCAGAAUGAAAAUUGGAAGCCAAUUUCGAUGAACAACGCAGAACCUGUAGGAACAAAUAAUUGCACGAACGGAGGCUCAGCGAUGCAGGAACAGAGUAUCCACAAUCUUAGUCACAAUAAAAGCAUGAGCGGAAUAUUCACUAGCCAAAAUAAGGAGGUAAUUUAUACCCCUGUUAUGAGGGAUGGCCAGGAGAAUAGUAAUUUCGUCAUGGGGCAUAGUGCCACCUAUCGAGACGGUACCCGCGAAAAUAUUAUGAACGGAAAUGGAGUAGACUACCAAAGACAUGGUGCUGGAAAUUAUAAAAUUGUAAGAUCCUUAAGUGGAGAAAAUAUAAGCAGUGAGGGGGUUAUGUGUUUCCCGGCGGAUGGCAAUUCUACUGCGGAGUACACAGCGCAAUGGCAUGCUACCAAGGGGGCCUUCGAUAGGAGUUACAAAAAAUUGCGUAUGAACGAGCACACACACGUGCCAAGUAUUAACACCGGCUUUAACGGCGCAAGUAACAAUAACGAGAGCAAACUUUUCCGGAGCCACAGCUUUAGUAGUUUUCCAAAUCAGAACCCGGAGGGGGUAAAAUGCAUGAUCAGCGGUGCAUAUAAUAAUAACUCCUACACAGAUAACCCCAUUUCGGGUAGCCCGUUUCAAGUGCAGUGCAACAAAAUAUACGACCAGCUGAACGAAGCGAAUCGCGCUACAUAUAGUGACGCUGUGCAGAUAGGCACAGGUGAAUUCUUCGCAAAGCGGGAUGAUAUAUUUAAGAAGGGGGCGUUCUCCUGCGAUCCGAUGGGCACCAUGAAGAACAACCACGGCAACGGUAACCUGAACGGCAGCGGCAUCAACAAUGUUGAACCGACAAGUUGCGUUAUGAACAAGGGAAAUGAAAACAUUUCUGGCACGUAUUAUACAUCCAACAAUCACGGAAUGGCAAACCAGUUUUCCUCCUAUGGGAAGUUCCUAAAGGACGAAUUAAGCGGAACGUUCGAAGGGAACAUGAAGGUAAAGGUUGAGCAAAACCCCAACGGAAUGAACAACGGCAUAGUAAGCGAUAAUGGCGUCAACAACAUUGGGGGGAGCGUUGGAAAUGACCCCUCCAGUAGCAAUAUCAUCUGCGGAAUGGACGGCACAGGGGAAAAGAAGUACGUCAGGAGAAGGGGGAGAUGCAAGAAGGAUAAAGGGGAACAGGACGAUAAUACCAUCCAGGAUGGCGAAGCAGUUAGCGAAAUCCCCAGAAAAAGAAGAACCUAUAAACUUAAAAAUAAAAACGGUACCUCCGGAAGAGGUGUGGAAAAUGAUGAAGCAGGUGACAUGUACGUGGGCAUGCCCGAUGCUGAAAAUAUGCCACUAGAGAAUGAACCCAUACGGUUAAAGCGUGGCGGUAGAAAGAAGGGCAGCAUCAAAAAGGGAUUCAUUUUAGUGAAGCAGGAGGGGAACAAUGAAUGCGUAGGCGAGAAUAACUUCCACUCAAAUGUGAUCAGGAUAUGUAAAAAUGAAAUGCCCUACGGGAUGGUAAAUAAUAGUAUACCAAGUGAAGAGCCAUUUGGUGUGGUAGAUCAUUCGAUGGAUGGUCUAACAGCGAAUGGUGUGAAUAUUAAAUUGGAAGGAACCCAUGAAGAUGCAGAUUCAGCCUUUUGCUCAGCGGGGGUUAUAAAUGAUGCCAUUGCCGAUGUAAACACAGAAGUGAAUGUGGAAAUAGAUUUUAAGUCUAAGAGGAAGCCCAAAAGAAGUGUGAACUUAUUUAUAGCCCAGAAAAGUAAAUCCGAAACAGCACUGGAAAGAAAAAUAAAAUCCAGAAUUUGCUUAGAGGACUACUACAAAAAGAAUAAAGAGAUAUACCACGGAAUCGACCCCCUAAUGUCCAUCAAUGUUGUGAAUUUACCAUCCAUUGAAGAUGAAUCCUUUAGUGAUAACUUAACAGUGCUUUUUAAGAAAAAGAAGAAAAAUUUGAUAUGCUCCAACUGUCUGUAUGCGUUUAAAAUUCAGAUAAGUGGAAGGAAUGAGUUCGUGCAGGUUGCAGCGACGGGGGGGGAAGAAGCUGGCGGGGAUGGUCCACAAAUGGAUGCACCAAAUUGUGCGCAAAAUGAUCAGCAAGGUGGUCCACAAAGUGAUGUAGAAAAUGAUCCACAGAGCGAUGCAGAAAAUGAUCCACAAAGCGAUGUAGAAAAUGAUCCACAAAGCGAUGCAGAAAAUGAUCCACAGAGCGAUGCAGAAAAUGAUCAACAAAGUGAUACACAAAAUGAUCAACAAAAUGACCCCCCAAAUGAUCCGCAAAGUGAUGCAGAAAAUGAUACACAAAGCGAUGCAGAAAAUGAUCCACAAAGCGAUGCAGAAAAUGAUCCACAAAGCGAUGUAGAAAAUGAUCCACAAAGCGAUGCAGAAAAUGAUACACAAAGCGAUGCACAAAUUGAUCUACAAAGUGACCCCCCAAAUGACCCGCAAAGUGAUACACAAAAUGUUCCACAGAAUGACCCGCAAAGUGAUACACAAAAUGAACUGAAGAUUGAACCACAGUGGUCCACACAAAAUGACUCCAUCAACAAUAACGAGAGCGACAAACGAAACGAUGAGGAAAGUGCCAACACGGAUAUGAUGGACCCUUGUAGUCAAGCAAACCAAUCGAGCGAAGAGAACGGCGAAGCGGAUGUAGAAAGCAGCGCAUCUGAGGAGAACCAAAUGAACCCACCGGAGAGUGAUAACCCCGAAACGGAUGAAACAGUGGAAGCAAAAAAUACGAUUCAUGUGAAGGAAGAACUGGAAGAAAACUCCGAAAUUAUUGAAAAAAUAAAAAGCGAAAAGUACCUCAAAAUUAGUAUGUACAAGGAGUUAGUGGAAAAAAACGCACUAGUGGAAAAUUAUUGUAUGAUCACCUUUUACUGUCUCUGUGGUUAUUUUAAAUGUAUCAAAGAGGAUAAUGAGUGGAAGCAAAUCACAAACUGUCAUUUCGAUGAAAAGGAUAAAAGGAAACCGAAGGCGCCCAAUGUAUUCUGCACAAGGUGUAAAGAAUUGCUAGUAACAAAUAGAUUUCUAGAUAAGGAUAAAACGAAAAUUAUUAUGAUAUGCGAAUGUGGAAGUAGAAACUAUGACAGAACAGAUUUGUUUUGGUCCAGAAGAGGAAAUAUUAAGCAGAGAAAAGCACCUCAAAUAUUAUGUGAUGAAUGUAAUUCGAAAAUGUGGGUACACACAUGGCUUGAUGACAUUGGGUCGAAAGUUAAAUUGUUAUGUAAAUGUGGUUUUAAGAAUUUUCUUAAAAAAAAUAAUAGUUGGGUUAGAAGUCCACGAUGGAAAAAACCCGUGCCCUUAAUUAUUUGUAAUUCGUGUCAGCAGAAAAUGUACAUGAGUCAGUGGCUAAACAAUGAUGGAACGAAGGUUAAGAUGAAAUGCGAAUGUGGAUGGAAGACGCUCAUCAAAGAAGGAAACACAUGGGUUAGAAGUGAAUGGUCCAAAAAAUUACUAUGCCUCCGGUUGGUAAAAAAUCCAGAACUUCUACAAAAGAAAUAUAACAUACAUCCUCAUAAGAAAAUUAAAUCGGAUGAAGAGGAAUUAUCCGAUAGGAACAGCCAGAAUGGGUUGUCCCCCAUGAGGGAUGGAAUUUUCCCAACAUUUUCCCCCAGAGAAAUGACGAUAAAUCACCAUGGUGCUAUUACAAACGAAAUGUAUAAUCCCAACAAUUUGGGAAAUCGCCAGGUUGGUGAAACUAAUGGUGCACUGAACCAAAUGAGGAGCUCCGAUUCGUUCAUGGUUUCCGAAGCGACAGAGGGUUUAUUACUUGGAGAUGAUAAUUACAUAAUAAAAAACGGCAACCGUCCUGUUGAGGACGGUCCGAAUGAUACGAUGUUCGUUUGGGGCGUAGAAAAUGGCACAACCAGGGGUCAGGUAAUUCCCUACGAGGAUGUCCUUCUGAGGAAGAAACGUGGUGCGUGCAGUCCAAGAGGCGGUCGCGGUAGGGGCAGUCGGGGUAGAGGUAGUAGAGGUGGCCGCAGCGUUGGUAGGGGAAACAUCCUUAGCGGGAACCAUGUCAAUGGUAACCAUGUUGGCGUACCCACGGAUGGAGGUGAUAUGUGCUUACGCGGUAACGCAGUAAACAAUAUCAGAGGAAGGAGGAAGCCCCGUGGCCCCAGGUCCUACGUGAACGGUAGGAAGAGGGGGCAGAACGUCAGUUUCGCCGAAAAUAGGGAUUACCAUAUCGCUAGCACGGAAACGGCCGAUGAUGCGUCACACUCGUAUAAUAAUGUCCUAAACCUAAAUGGUUCAAUGAAUAAGGCGGUUGUGGGAGAUUCUUAUAUUACAAACAAUUACGGACAAGUGAAAAGAGAAGGAGAUAUGGACUUGAACAAAAUGACCCCCUGUACUGAUGGAGAUGCCAAAAAAAUGAAUCCUAAUAAUGGCCAGAAGAAAAAACCAGGAAGACCGCCACUUAACAAACAGGAUAAGAAGGUGAAAAAAACAACUGCGCGAGAAAAAUUGAAUAACACGGAAAAUGCUUCCAUGGCGAAUACAAUGACUGCCGUUACAGCAGGUGCUUCAGUUGCUACUACAACAGCAGCCAUGACAACUGAUGCGACGACCAGUACCACCGUGGCAUGCACAAGGAUGUAUGGUGAAAGUUCCCCAGCUAGCCAAAUACAUCAAAUUCACCAAACUAACGAUGACAUAAUAAUGGACAACAUGAUUAAAAAAAAAGGCAGCGUAAUAAUUGACAGUAUAAUUAAACACCCGGAUAAUAGCCUAAACGGUAACAGCGAAAAGUUACCAAACUGCAACACCAUUAACAAUCCCGCAGCAGUCGAUAUUUACGGUGAGAAGUAUCCCAAUGGGGAGGGAAAACCAACUAGCAAUGGUGGCAAAAUGUAUUAUGAGAAUCCCUAUUACUAUGGUAACGGUUACUAUGAUAAGGGUUAUUUCAAUCAGCCCGUCGUAUCGCAGUUUGGGGAAAAUAACAACGGCAACAGGAGCAGUAGCAAUGACAAAAGCGGCAGUAACGAUCCUGUGAGUAUUAAUAACAUGUACGGCGCGUGCCACCAUCAGAACAAGGAAUACCCCGUAAACUACAACAUCAACGCCACUACAAAUCCAAUGACGAAUAAAAAAUUUGCGGACAAUAAAGGCAGUGGAGAUGCUUUACCCAUGAAUAUAAAUUUUGAUAAGAAGAAAUUAAUAGUAGAAAAUAUGAAGAAGUUAAAUGUUAAUAUUAGCGAAAAUGAUAUGAAUGCCCUUUUGGAAAAUGUGGACGAAAAUGUCCUAAUGGACACCCUUUUGGGAAAAUUUGUUGACAAGACUGUAAUGGAAAAUCGAAAAAUGGAUGAGAGUGAUAUGAACAUGAAUGAGAAUUAUGCUAUCCCUUUGAGGGGAAACAGUGGGUUCACGAAUAGCAGUUAUAGUUCGAACGAAUUUAACCAAUCGGAGUUCAGCUCAAACGAAAUUUACAGAGAUAACAACAUGUGCUCGUAUGAUAAUUACGCGGGAAAGAUGUUUGCAAAUGGGGGGUACCAGAAUGGUUUGUAUCAGGGUGGCGUUAAUCAGGGUGCCGUUCCCCAGAAUGAAGUUCACCAAAAUGGGCUACACCAAAGUGGGUCACCCCCGAGUGGGUUCUAUCAGGGCAUGAUCCAGCACCCGUUUAGCAAAAACGCUUCUGCUGUAGGCGCACCGACAGAAAGUAACCCCAUCAGUAAGGACAACAUGAACUACGUUGUGAUGGAAAACAAGGACGGCAAAAAGGAAAUUGAGCGUAAAAAUAUAAACAUGAUAAAUGUACAAAGUGGGGCUGAUAACAAUUUUAACGCACAUAUGACAGAGAGGAAUGGCCACCAUGUGGAAGACUCCAUGAAUAGAAAGGUACGGAGCCAAAGUAUGACGAAUAAUAUUAUGGCUUUCAAAAAUGUGAGCAGAAAAAAUUCGAUGAAUAAUGGCCCAUGUGGAAAUGAUUACCUAAGUAGCAACUUUGCCUAUUCGAAUGAAUUGAUGGGGAAAAAGGAUAAGUACAACAUGGAGGUUAACCUGAAUUUAGGGGAACAUAUAAACGUGAAGAAUAUCCCCACCGGUUGCGAAUUGCGCAGUGGUGUCAGUAACAGCAUGGGCGGUAACAUCGCCAGGAACUUGGAUCCCCCUGGGUUUGAAAACGGUAUAUAUGAUAAUGACCCAAAUGGUGGCAACAUCGUUAAUGGCAACAGCAGUGGUGAACACGUGAGCGGUGCAAAAAAUGAUGGACUGCUAAACAUGUGCAAUUUGAACGAAAACCUGCAAUACUUUAGCAACGAAUUUAAAGCGGCCCUUGCGCACGUCCUUUCGGAUAAAGCAUCAGACGCACAGAAGGAAAAUUUCCAAAAUUAUCUAAAAAACUUAGCUAGCAAUUUUUGCAAUAUGGCAAAUAAAGAGGACCAUCUGACAAGUGAAAAACAGCAAGGCUACAACAAUAGUGCGCUCUCAUGUGAAGACGAAAGCAGAUAUUUAAAAGAUAACAAAAUGGAAAACAACAAUGCACUUAAGGAUCUACUAUUACCAAUUCUUGCGAACGAGGAGGAAAAUGCCACGCCUCUGAAGAACAACUUUUGCAGUGAAUAUAACCUAUAUGAAAAUAUGUUAAGCAUGCCAAAAAUGGAUGAAAAGAUGAAGAAUGAAGAAAUGACAGUUACGCCAUCGUAUAAGGCACAAAUGAAUGAUAUGAGUCAAGACAAAAAUAAUAUGAGCGACAUUCUUUGUGGGUAUAAUUUUAACUCAGAUAGUGAUGAAAAGGCAUGUACACAUGAGAGGAAGUAUAAAAUUAAUGAUUUUAUAACCGUGUGCACAAAUUGUAAUGAAUACCUUAAUUCGAAUAUGGAUUGCAAAAUUGUAUCGCCCAGUAGUUCGGAUAGCAGCAGCAACAACAGCUCGGAACAGAAGCUGAAUGCACACCAUGAGGACUUUCUUCUACGUAACAGUGAAUUAAAGAACUAUGAAAAUUUCUCCUCUGCUAAGGAAGACAGGAAGGAUUACCACGGGGGAAGCCCAAACAGCGUCAUGAGUAACGCGAUGAACGGAUCGAUGAAUGGAUCGAUGAAUGGAUCGAUGAAUGGAUCGAUGAAUGGAUCGAUGAAUGGAUCGAUGAAUGGAUCGAUGAAUGGAUCGAUGCACGGAUCGAUGAAUGGAUCGAUGCACGGAUCGAUGAACGGCUCCAUGAACAGCAUUAGCAACAACAGUAACAACAGUAACAACAGCAGUAGCAUGCCCAUUAUGGAGAACGUGGAGGACAUGAACCACCUGUACAAUCAGUACUGCGACUAUUACGUAAACAAUACCUCCAUGGAGGAUAUGCAGAUGAAAAAUAAUUACCUGAACAAUCUCUUUUUUCAAGAUCAGAAUAACUACUCCCCUGCUAGCGAUAACUGUACGAACAGCCAAACCCCGCCAAUCAAGUCGGAAAAUUUUUACUUCAGUGAAGAUAACAACUACCUUAGCGACUCCACCACGUACAUGCAUGGGAACACUAACGCCAAUAAUGUAGUGCAAUUUAAAGAAGGAACAUAUGUAGAGAAUAAUUUGAACAAUAAUAAUAGCGAUGCGAAUUAUCAGGAGGAUGACUAUGAGAAUUAUAUCAAUUCGGAGUGCAACAACAAUUCCUGCUACAACAUAAUUCACACCUGA